AUGGAAGCUGAAUGUGAAGAAUAUGAAAGUGUAUUGUUAGUAAUUCGCGAAUGUUAUGUAUAUAAAUUACCUCCAAGAGCAUCAACAGCGGAAUGGGGAGAUAUGGAAGCAUUUUUAUGGAAAGGUCGACUUAGAAUUAUGUCAAUAGGUGAAUUAUUUGCACAAUGUCUAUAUGAUCCGGAAACGAAUUCCGUUGAACCAGUGCGUGAUUCAUCAAGAUAUUUUGUAUUAAGGAUUGAGGAUAGUGGUCGACAUGCAUUUAUAGGCAUGGGAUUUCAAGAACGUUCUGAAGCUUUUGAUUUCCAAGUAACUUUGCAAGAUCAUAUAAAACAUAUCAAAGCAGAAAAAGAAGCAGCAGAAAAUGCUAAAGUUGCAGAAUCAAAACCAAAGAAAGAUUAUAGUUUAAAAGAAGGGGAAACAAUUAGUAUUAAUAUAGGACAUGAAUUUGGUGAAUUUGGUGAAUUUAAAGAAUACCAAGAGAUUAAGGAAUAA